CCGUUUUAUUUCGGUGAUGUUCUACGUAUAUAAUCUCAACAUGAGUUGAGUGAAAAGUUACAGAAAGGCAGUCUCGAGGACUGCGCGCGUAGUAAGAACCAGUCCAAGUUUCCAAGGCUUGGGCUUUUCUGUAACGAAUAGGCGGUUGUAAAACAUAUCUAUUAGUAUCAAACAAGUCGAGUUUAAAAAAUCAAAAAGAAAAUAAGAAUCUGAGUGAAAUUGGUUCAAGAGUGCAACAUGUAAUCACAAAGGUGUGUAGUGCAGGACUGGUAUUGUUAACACAGUGCAAGUGUUUUUUUUAAUCGCUACAGUUGGAACACUCCCUUCUUCUCUUGCAUACUAUAGUUAAUCACGUCGUGUUAAUUAUCUCGAUGGCGAAAAGUUUCUAAGUCCCACCUUUUGAGUGAUUCUGUUUAGGACAUAUACCUGAGAAAACUAAAAGGGGUAACGCAAAGACAACCUCGGAUGUACCGUAUUCAGUGUGAGUUUUAUAUUCUCUUUUUUGUCCCAGUUUUCUAUGACUUGAAAUUACCGAGAUCGACGGGCAGAAAAACGCGCUCGAGGUAUAGAGAAAGAAAGAAGAACAUGCGGACUCUGGAGAAAAGCAAUAAGCUGACAGUUCACUACGUUCACUCAGUCGGCUUAAAAAUUUAGUUUUUGUGGUAAAUGAGAAUCUUCAUUUACUUUUCUUUCUGAGUUUUUCCUUCGAGAAGAUUGAAAUUAAUGAGUAAAAGAGAAGAAAACUAAGAGUUGCUAGAAAAGUCACAGCAAGCUAAUUGAAAAGGUACGUUUUGGGUUGACCGAUCGACAGUUAACAUUUGGCUCGAGCGGUGAGUGAGCUUCAUCAUUCUUCAGCCCGAUCAGAGCGUAAGCAAUAUGUUUUUUUAUUUUAUAAAGCAGAAAGCUUUAGUCAAAAGUAGAAAACGAUUUAACAAGACGUCAAAAACCGUUUACUAAACCUUUUUUUAGAGGUUUAGCAAGAUGCAACGACAUUCUACUGCUUUCAGGCUUAGUAGCGCGUACUAAACCCUAAAAGGGUUUUUUACUAAACAUCUGAAGCGGUAUCGUAUCAUUGCAUUAAAUGCAAACGACGCUGUUUUUCUUUAGAGUGUAGAAAUCAAUCAUAUCGAUGACAAAUAGAUAAAAAGUGAUGUGCUCUAUUUUUUUCACGCGAAGUGAUAAUAGUAUUAAUCGCACUAUAUCACACCUCUCAUAAAAGAAAAGAGUCUCUUCCAUUAUCCUUCAUCUGUGACGCUCAUACACAUUAUUAAUGAUAGAUAUGCUUUGAAUGAAAAGGACAAAAUAAGAAGAAUUUUUGGUGACUUUUUUUGUAAAAUUACAAUAAACUGAGUCGCUACAACAAGUAUUCCCUUUUACUUGAUGUAAAUUAACUAGUACCUUCAAUUUUUUUCUUUACAAGAUAAUGGAAAUAUUUCCACAAUAUUAAGACUAAUUAAUGACUUUUCAAGGUUAGGUAAAUAUCAUAGGUGUAUGUUUUUUGCGUCACAUUUACAUCACAAAUAUAUUAUGCUUUUGAGUUUUUAAGAGUACAUGUCUUAGAAUGUUUGAUAAACAUUAAACAAGUUUGAUUUAAAUGAGACAUAUUUCAGUAGAAAAUCUUGAAGAUCGAGAGGAAUUCCAGGUUUGGCUUAAAGGUCAAGAUUUAAGUUAGACAUCAAACUUAAUUUUAGUAACAAUCUCAUCAUUUUAUGUCAUGUUGAGUCAUAUUGAGGUCUUAUUCUUUUCCUUAGCUAAAGCAUUGAAUUCACUGACGCGGAAUAGCUGAAAAUAUUCUAGACCGUACUAACUUAUCUCUUAGAUACAAUGUCUGAACAACAUGCUAUCACAAAUAAUGAAAAUUCUGAUCCAUAUUCUUCACUCGAACCUCAAAGACCUUUACCUGGAACAUUACUUCAUUCAAAACAUGCACAACACCGACAUCGACAUCACAUAUCAUUACCUGAGGGAUUGAACACCAUCGAUGAUUUUAUACCAUUCAUUUGCGUACAACAAAACUGUGCGUCAUUAGCAGAAUUUUUAGACAAAUUUCCCUUUUUUCUUGCUAUUAUUGCCGGUGAUAGUGAGGCAAUUGAACGUGUAGCUUACGAAUUUGUUGAAGAUCAAGCCAUACAAGGUGUGUUGUAUACGGAAGCAAGAUAUUCACCUCAUGAACUGGCAGCAACGAAUUUAACAUUAGAACAAGUUGUUGAAGCUGUUAAUAAAGGAUUUCAACGAGGUAUGGAAGAGUUUCACAUCGAAGUACGAACAUUACUUUGUUGUAUACGACCAUGCCCAGAAUGGUCUAUGGAUAUUGUUUCAUUAGCUGAAAAAUAUCGUUCAGCAGGUGUAGUUGGUAUCGAUUUAGCUGGUGACGAAACCUCUCCGAUGGAGCCGCAUAUUUCUGCUUUUAAACGCGCCGCUGAACUUAAUAUUCAUCGUACUGUGCAUGCAGGUGAAGUGGGUACUGCAGAAACCAUCAAAUUUGCUCUCGAUUUUCUCCACGCUGAGAGAAUUGGUCACGGUUAUGCAAUGGUUGAUGAUCACGAUCUUUACAAUCGAAUUCAUCGAAACGAUGUGCAUAUUGAGUGUUGUCUUACAUCGUCGAUUCAAACAAAUGCCAUUGCAAAAUAUUUACCGAAAGACAGUGAAACAGAAGAAAAGCGAAUUGGCACCGUUGAUCAUGAUCAUACCACUGAAAAGAAUAAACAGAGUAGUGCAAGACUUCAUUCUCAUGUGAAAACAAAAAGCGAUCAUAUUUGGCAUCCAAUUCAAUAUUUUGCUAAAGAUAACAUGAAUUUUAGUUUGAGCUGUGAUGAUCCAAGUGUUAGUCAAAUAACUAUCGAACAUGAAUACGAGCAUUGUAUGCUUGACUUAAGAUUAACACCAGCUCAAUUAACACAAUGCAUCUUAAAUGCAGCUCGCUCAUGUUUUUUGCCAGAAGAAGAGAAGAAAAUAUUAAUCAAAAAAUUAGUCAAGAAAUAUUUACCGUCUGGUGUAAUAAAAUAUUUGGAUAUUUCCACGCUCGAUGAAUGA